AUGGAUGCUUCAUACCUCACAUCGCCCACCUCUAUUCCAAUAAUCAGGAAAGGCCAGUAUAACAAUCUCAAGCGACCUUCCCCUUUCAUUGGUUUGGAAAAGCUUCGAAGACCGUCUCCACCAGAACCUAGGACACUUCUCAAUUAUCCCGAGGUCAUCGCUCAAAUAGACGCUCAAUAUCCCAAGAAAGUCUUCGAUGACGACCCGAAGCGAUAUAUGUCACAUACAGGAUAUGUGUCCCCUGAAGACAGAAGGGUAGCAAUAUCCCCAUCGAUAUCUACCAUUGUGCAAUUUAGAGCGAUUGACUUCGGGAUGGAACAGUGUGAAUUAAAACUGAUGAUUCCGGCUAAUACGACUGCUUCAGCUGGAGGCUCCUUCCUUGUAUCGAUCCAUCGUUUAGACCAAAGGCAACCUAUUGAUACUAAAUCAUUGUCUUUCUCGAGUUCUCCUCGGAAGCUUACAACCGUUGCCAAUGUCAAAAUUACUCCUGGCGUUCCUGUAACUUGGAAAGAAACCUUUCACUGUGCAUGGGACGAUGUAUUAACUUUCGAAAUUGAAUGUUCCGACGAAGUUGGCUUCGAGUCCGACUCCUGCUCUAUGGAAUGGUGGCAAAAUAAAGAAGACGAUGAUCCAACUCACGGUAUGUCCUCAAUGGCUUUCAAUUUUCUGCCUCCCUGGUAA